GUGUGUGUGUGUGAGAGAGAGAGAGAGGUGUGUGUGUGAGAGAGAGAGAGGUGUGUGUGUGUGUGUGUGUGUGUGUGUGUGUGUGUGUGUGUGUGUGAGAGAGAGUGUGUGAGAGUGUGAAUGAAUGAAUGUUGGUUAUUGUCCCUGAAGUUGGCACUGUGCCAGCUCUGCCCUGCUGUGACACUGGGCUCUCUCAGGCUGAGGAGAGACACAGGGGCCCUCUCUGUCUCUGCGUCUGCGAGACGACAGACCGCACCGUGCCAAACUGUGCCAGUCAUCUGCCUAUUCUGUUUCCCCUGGAGCUGGUCUGGCUGCCGGUGGGAGGGAGAGACACACGGCACAGGGAGGGAAGGUAUUGAAGACUGGCACAGAGACAGGAGGCCACAGGGGGCUGCGAUGGAGCAGUUGGAGACGUACCAGCCCCUCAGCUGGGCACACAUGGUACACGGCCUGCCCCACCUCAACCUGCACCUACAGGCAGUGGGCAGCGCAUUCCUCCCUCGAGACUGGGAAUACCAACAGGCCCUGAUCUUCCUGGCAGGACUGGUGAUGCUGACACUAGCUAUCAACCUCACCUUCCUCCUGAUCUACCUGUUGCACCUCUGUUACUGUUCGCCAGGAGGGAGGGGUGAAAGCCAGAUGCGAGACCCAAAGCGACGCACUUCACAAAGUGUGGCAGCAGUUCUCCUCUGCUGGUGA